AUAAUCAACUUCAGGUGUUUGGCUGGCUGCAGGGUUGAGUCUCUGAUUGCUGGGAGCACCCGCUGGCCAGCCCUGGUACUGCAGCCCACAAGGCAGGUGAGUCCCACCAUUACUGGCAAGUCCAUUCCUGACAUUUCCCCCCCCUCAAGGAGUGGCCUCAGGACGCUCCAAACAGUCCUAGCUGGGCAAAAUGUUCCACCGCCCGGGUCUGGUAACUGGUGGGAUAUCAAAGACUGGCACAUCGGGCUGGACUCCGGGCAGAGGCACAUCGGGCUGGACUCCGGGCAGAGGCACAUCGGGCUGGACUCCGGGCAGAGGCACAUCGGGCAGGACUCCGGGCAGCGGCACACAUCGGGCAGGCACAUCGGGCAGGACUCCGGGCAGCGGCACAUCGGGCAGGACUCCGGGCAGCGGCACAUCGGGCCACCAGGCAUGACAGCGGGCAUCGGGUCACCAGGUAUGACAGCGGGCACUGGGUCACCAGGCAUCAAUCAGGUCAUUUGGCUCGCCAGCGGGCACCGCGUCAUCUGGCAAGGCAGUGGGCACCGAGUCACCAGGCAUGACAGCGGGUACUGGGUCAUCAGGUACCGGAUCGUCUGGAUCGACAGCGGGCAUCGAGUCAACUGGCCUAAUGGAAUCAUCAGGCUGGAUCAGUUCAUCAGGCUGGAUCAGUUCAUCAGGCUGGGUAGAAACAUCAUGCUGGGUAGAGGCAUCAGGCUGAAUGGAGGCAUCAGGCUGAAUGGAGGCAUCAGGCUGAGUGGAGGCAUCAGGCUGGGUAGAGGCAGCAGGCUGAAUUGUGGGCGCCGAGGCACCAGGCUGCACCACGAAGGCAGGUUCUCAGAUGGGAGGCUGACCGGUUUGGAUACUGGCAGGAUGGUAUUGGUUGGAAAGAACUUUCGCCUUUUCCUGGUUUUAGUUACCGGAGCACUGUAAGUAAGCGCAGGUUUGUAAACGGAUGGAGCAGCUGGAGACAGAGAAGAGCUGGAGGAUGGAACAGGGGAGGGAACAGUUGCUACAGAGGGCUUCUUUACAGGGUUAAAGGCAGGAUAGGUGCAGUGAGUGGGAACAGGGUACUGACAUGCGGUAGAUAG